UGUAGGAGGAUUCAAUGCCCACGCUGCCAAUAUUGUUACAGCAAUAUAUAUUGCGACAGGACAAGAUCCAGCACAAAAUGUUGAAAGUUCAAAUUGUAUAACGAUAAUGGAAGCUAUCGACGAUCCAGUGACAAAUGCCAAAGACUUACACAUUACAUGUACAAUGCCAUCAAUUGAAGUAGGAACAGUAGGAGGAGUAAUAUCAUUAGGACCACAGAGUGCCAUGCUAGAAAUGUUGAGUGUGAAAGGAACUCAUCCAACAACACUAGGAGAAAAUUAA